AUACAGCGAGGCAGGUGAGAGCGAGACCAAUUUGGAAUAUUCGGAAAAAAAAUAAAAAAAAUUCAAUCAAUUGGAGUUUGUGUCAAUUUGAAUCUCAAACGCAGUCUUGCUCAUUUUCUUCGAUUACAAGGGCUUGUUCACAAUACACACACCUAUACAUACAUCUCUCUCUGUGAUCAAUUGAAAGCUCCGCAAUUCCAUGGCUUCUCGUCGACGUAUGCUUCUCAAAGUCAUCAUUCUCGGCGACAGCGGGGUUGGGAAGACAUCUUUGAUGAAUCAAUAUGUGAAUCGCAAGUUCAGCAGUCAGUACAAAGCCACAAUUGGUGCCGAUUUCUUGACCAAAGAAGUCCAAUUCGAGGACCGGCUUUUCACCUUGCAGAUAUGGGACACAGCAGGACAGGAAAGAUUUCAAAGCCUUGGUGUUGCUUUUUACCGUGGUGCUGACUGUUGUGUUCUUGUACAUGAUGUUAAUGUCAUGAAGUCAUUCGACAACCUCAAUAAUUGGCGAGAGGAAUUUCUGAUUCAGGCCAGUCCCCAUGACCCUGAAAAUUUUCCUUUUGUUGUACUGGGGAACAAGAUAGAUGUUGAUGGUGGCAACAGCCGAGUGGUUUCUGAGAAGAAGGCAAAAGCUUGGUGUUCUUCUAAGGGCAAUAUUCCUUAUUUUGAGACUUCUGCCAAAGAAGGUUUUAAUGUUGAAGCUGCUUUCCAGUGUAUAGCCAAAAAUGCUCUUAAGAAUGAACCGGAGGAAGAAGUGUACCUUCCUGAUACUAUUGACGUGGGUGGUGGGCGACAACAAAGAUCAUCAGGCUGUGAGUGCUAGUUUCAUUUGGCAUCUAAAUUUGGAACUCAGAAUGUGGGAAGACUUCUGCCUCAACCAAAUAUCUACUUGCUGAAUGCAGAAUUGAUCAAACUUCUGUGUAUACUUAAGCAGUCAUAAUGCAGCUAAAUGUUUAUACUUUGGAUAUCAUUAUUUUUUCUGUAGUUAAACGUUUUCUACUCUAAUUUUCUGUGGGCAAACUUGCACCUUCAUUUUGUUCUUAUGCAUACUAUUCUCUGCAUUCAUUAGUUGAUGUGCUGCGUAUUGAAAUUUGCACCUUGUAUGUAAAGGUUUCAUGCUA